CCUGCAUUCACUCAAACACGCCUUCGCUCCCUUCAAGAUGUCAGGAUUUGACGCAGACCGCGUUUUCUCUGUUUCUGUUCACGAUGUGCCGGAGCCCACUGGUCCAGACUCACCCUCCCAGACAGAGAAGCUGCUUCUCGACUUCCUGCUUCAGUACCGCGUCGGCGGUGACUUCAUCUACAGGGAUAAGCUUCGCGCCAAUCUGCUUCUCAAGCAGUAUCAGUUGGAGGUUGACCUCCGCCAUAUUGGUCUUUAUAACGACGAACUUGCCCAUGCUAUUCAAGACAGGCCUGCUGAGAUUCUCCCUCUGUUUGAGACUGCUGCCACAAAGGCUGCGCGCACGAUCCUCUUCCCUCUCGCAGCCAACGGGCAAGGUCCAAGUAACGACGUCGCCACACAAGCCAUUCAGAACAUUCAGAUCCUGACGAAGUCUGGUCUUAACCUUCAGCAAUUCCGCGACCUUUCUGCGAACACCAUGAACAAGCUCGUCCGUAUCCCCGGCAUCGUCAUUUCCGCCUCCGUUCUCUCUGCGCGAGCGACAAAGCUCCACCUGCAAUGUCGCGCGUGUCGCACCGCAAAGAACAUCUAUCCGCCGAGUGGCCUAGGAGGCCUGGGAGGAGGCUCGGACAGGGGCCUUCCGCGAGUCUGUGACGCAGCUCGGAUCGAAGGGCAGGAGAAAGACUGCCCCAUGGAUCCGUACCUCAUCAUCCACUCAAAGUCCACAUUCUCAGACCACCAGACAUUGAAGCUGCAGGAGGCGCCUGACAUGGUCCCUGUUGGAGAGCUUCCCCGGCAUAUGUUGCUUUCUGCGGACAGAUAUCUUACCGGACAAGUGGUGCCUGGCUCGCGCGUCAUUGCAACUGGUAUCUACUCGACCUUCCAGUCAGCCAAGUCGAAAAACGGCGGUGCAGCUGCCCUACGGAAUCCUUACCUUCGGCUCGUUCACUUGGAAGUCUCCUCUCCUGCAGCUUCUGGAUCGAGUGGUGCGAAUCCGUUUGGCUUGCAAUUCUCGCCUGAGGAAGAGGAAGACUUCGGUGAGAUGGCUCGGAGCGACGGGUUCUACGAGCGAUUCGCCAAAAGUGUUGCGCCGAGCAUUUUCGGCAGCCUCGACAUUAAAAAAGCGAUUACGUGCUUGCUUUUCGGUGGAUCCAAGAAGGUCCUACCAGACGGCAUGCGGUUACGAGGCGAUAUAAAUGUGCUUUUGCUUGGUGAUCCUGGUACUGCCAAGAGUCAGUUGCUCAAAUUCGUUGAGAAGGUUGCACCAAUAGCAGUCUAUACGUCUGGCAAAGGUUCCAGUGCGGCUGGUCUGACGGCCUCUGUACAGCGCGAUUCUGUCUCGCGUGAAUUUUACCUGGAAGGUGGCGCGAUGGUUCUGGCCGACACUGGGGUCGUCUGCAUAGACGAGUUUGAUAAGAUGCGAGAUGAAGACCGUGUAGCCAUUCACGAAGCUAUGGAGCAACAAACUAUCUCCAUCGCCAAGGCGGGUAUAACCACCGUACUCAACUCGAGGACGAGUGUAUUGGCUGCCGCGAACCCGGUUUGGGGUCGUUAUGACGAAGGUCGGAGUCCAGGCGAGAACAUUGACUUCCAAACAACUAUCUUGUCGCGGUUCGAUAUGAUCUUCAUCGUUAAGGACGAGCACAACGAGCAGCGCGAUCGGAUGAUAGCGAAGCACGUCAUGAACAUUCACAUGAACCGACCAAACGAGAAUGCCGACGAGAAUGGUGAGGCGAUCGGUGAGAUCGACAUCGACAAGAUGAAGCGGUAUAUCGCAUACUGUAAAGCGAAAUGCGCACCACGGCUUUCUUCUGAGGCACAAGAGAUGCUCAGUAGUCAUUUCGUAUCUCUGCGAAAGCAAGUGCAACAAGUCGAGCAAGAUAACGACGAGCGUAGCUCCAUCCCGAUCACUAUUCGACAACUCGAGGCCAUCAUUCGUAUCUCCGAAUCCCUCGCUAAGCUUACACUUUCACCCGUAGUACGCAACCACCACGUCGAGGAAGCCAUCCGGCUCUUCAAGUGUUCGACCAUGGACGCCGUCUCCGCAGGCUCUGCUGACGGGCUUUCCCGAGGGGAGUUGAACGAGGAAAUGAACAGGAUCGAGAAGGAGAUCCGCCGGCGGUUGCCCAUAGGCUGGAGCACCAGCUACCAAAGUCUCGUGCGUGAGUUCGUCACACAACAGGGCUAUUCCAGCCAUGCAUUGGAACGAACGCUGUUUGUGUUGGAGAAACGCGAGGUCAUCCGGUUUUCAGGUCAAAACAAAGUCGUACAUAGAUGUGGUGUUUGAUAUCUUUGCGUUGCUGCUUCUGUUCGCUCUUGGUUCAUGCUGUCUAAGACUUCUGCAUCGAUGUUGUAUCCAGGCUGUCGUAACAUACUGUAUCUUUGCAUUAUCCUAUCACCCAUUGUAGCAGUGGACGUUCAAACGUUCAUAUUCAACAGUGCCUGCCACCUCAUGGCCAUUUGCUUUGAUCCGUGCAACAUCUGAACUCGCCGUGAGUAUGUAGCAACAUAAAACUAUUAGCCCACCGCGAGGGUCGAACUCGCAGCCUUCAGAUUGCCUGCCUACAGACAUUGUAAGAGUCUGACGCUCUAUCCGAUUGAGCUAGG